ACAUGUCAACAAAAAGUGCAGACUGCACACUACGCUUUUACUACUCGGAAUUACUAAGAAAAAUCUCUCUCUACCUCUGAGGAAGCGGGUUCUUGUUGGAUUUCGUUGGAUUUUGUAGCUAUAAACCCUUAGUCGUUUUCAAACAUUGGUGUGCUAGUUUGGUGCUGUAGCUAUAUAUGGGGAGAUUCGGUUUUGUAUGCGCUCUUGGUGGAAAAACGUCUUUUUUCUUGUGCUGAGAAGCAGUUUAGGGUAUUGGGCAAGGCUGAGAUAUUUUUAUGUAAUUUAAUCAUCAUAUUUGAGGUGAUCAAAACUUGAAUUUAUUAGUGUUGUUGUGGUAAAUGGAGCAAGGUUUGGGUUCUGAUUCAAAUGCUCCUCCUGGGUCAAUUGAUAAGUCUAGGGUAUUAGAUGUGAGACCUUUAAGAUCCCUUGUCCCAGUUUUUCCAAGCCCACAGGGUAUGUCUUCAAUUUCGACACCCCAGCCGGCACCCUUUGUUUGCGUGCCGCCUUCUGGUCCUUUUCCCUCUGGAGUUCAACCAUUUUACCCUUUCAUGGUUCAAAAUGAUUCUCAGCGCACAUCGGGUGGUCAAAACCAACCAAGUAACUUUGGUUUCGGUACUAAUAUACCAGCUCCUGUUCCACUGAAUUCAUUUAGGACUCCACCAGCACAUGCGAAUGGAGGUCCUGGUCGGCCUAAGAAGGCCUCUAAAGCUCGUGGAUCAGGAUCUAUAGUUAUAGAGGAUGAUGGCUAUAGUGACUCGCUGAAUCAUAGCGACCAGUAUGUUAGUGGGUUUAGCAUGCAUGUAACUGAUGACGAUGCCAGUAAUUCAGUGAAGCGAAGGGGUCGGCCGAGGAAGAGAAGAAUUGAGAACGGGGAAGAGUUUGAUGUUGAAUCCCUAGUUAAUAGCUUCUUGACGGUGUUUAAGCUUAAGGAAUUUGAUGACUUUAGAAGAUCUAGUGGUGACAAGGAUACCGUUGGAACCAUACUCUUGGCGUUUGAUUUGCUUCGGAGAAGGCUUACUCAACUUGAAGAAUCAAAGGAUUUAGCCCCUGGGAUUGCCAGACGUCCAGACCUGAAAGCUGCUACACUUUUGAUGACAAAAGGAGUCCGGACAAACAGCACGAAGAGGAUUGGUCAUGUACCUGGGGUUGAAAUUGGUGAUAUUUUUUUCUUCAGAAUGGAGCUGUGCUUGGUGGGCUUGCAUGCUCCAAGCAUGGCAGGAAUAGAUUAUAUGAGUGUCAAGAUUACCAUGGAUGAGGAACCUGUGGCUGUCAGCAUAGUUUCAUCUGGAGGAUAUGAUGACGAUGGGGAUGAUUGUGAUGUGUUAAUUUACAGUGGCCAGGGUGGAGUGCAAAGGAGAGAUGGACAAAUGUUUGAUCAGAAGCUUGAAAGAGGAAAUCUUGCUUUAGAAAAGAGCUUGCAUCGUGCCAAUGAUGUAAGGGUUGUAAGGGGUAUAAAGGAUAUUGCCGGUUCAAAUGGAAAGAUCUAUGUUUAUGAUGGUCUAUACAAAAUCCAGGAGUCAUGGGUGGAAAAGAAUAAGUCUGGGUGCAAUGUUUUCAAGUAUAAGUUGGUUAGGGUACCUGGGCAGCCAGAAGCUUUUUCUUUGUGGAAAUCAAUUCAGCAGUGGAAGGACGGAACUGCUACUCGGACUGGCAUUAUUCUUCCUGAUCUGACUUCAGGUGCUGAGAGUCUGCCUGUUGCUCUUGUGAAUGAUGUUGACAGUGAGAAGGGCCCUGCUCAUUUCACCUACAUUCCUACUCUCAAAUAUUCCCAACCUUUCCCCGCACCUAAACCUUCAACGGGUUGUCAUUGCUUGGGUGGAUGUCAACCAGGUGAUACCAACUGCCCUUGCAGCCAGAGAAAUGAUGGCUUCCUCCCCUAUUCAUCUCUUGGGGUUCUUUUGACUAACAAAUCCUUGAUACAUGAGUGUGGAUUGACUUGUGCAUGUCCUCCAAACUGCCGGAAUCGUAUGUCUCAAGCAGGAAUAAAAGUCCGUCUGGAGGUUUUCAAGACAAAGAAUAGAGGCUGGGGACUUAGGUCUUGGGAUCCAAUCCGUGCUGGAGGUUUUAUUUGUGAGUAUGCAGGGGAUAUCAUUAAAGCGUCCACUGCAGGUGAUCUUGGGAAUGAAAAUGAUGAUAAUUAUAUAUUUGAUGCCUCCCGCCACUACGAGGCAUUAGAACCUGUUCAUGAUUCUACUAAUUCCAAGAAAGCCCCAUUCCCUCUUGUUAUAAGUGCAAAAAACAAUGGAAACGUAGCCCGUUUCAUGAAUCAUAGUUGUACACCAAAUGUAUUCUGGCAGCCGGUUUUGCGUGAAAGUAACAAUGAUGUGUUUCUCCAUAUUGCUUUCUUUGCCAUUCGGCAUAUCCCACCCAUGCAAGAGGUAACAUAUGAUUAUGGGAUAGUUCCGCCUGAGAAAGCAGACAAAGGAAAGAAGAAGUGCUUGUGUGGAUCUGUGAAGUGCCGAGGGUACUUCUAUUGAUGAUGUCAAUUAAUGAAACGGAUGCAUUUUGGUGCUUGAUGCCUUUGCAUAAAGGUACAAUGCCAGCAGCCUGAAGAACACAACUUUGUGGAUUUCAGUUCAUGGCAGUUGAUAGUAGGGACGAGCUCGCCCCAGACUGUAGUUUUUGGAGUUGCCUAUGAUGCAGGUGAACCAGAACUUUUUUCGGGAUGGUAGCGUAUGGACUUACCGAUAGUUGUUGUAAUUUGUGUAGUUUGUCGAUGUACAAUACCGUUAUUAUUUGUGUUAGAAUUCAUGAUUUAGAACUCGGCGAGGCAGGGUUCUUGAAACCUCACAAGCUUCCUUCAUGUUUUGGCUGCUCCUCCUCAACUCAAGUUUUGUCUUAACUGUUAGAUCAGUUCCCUGGGAUGGUUUAGAAUGUCCCUUUACAUUUUCAUGCUCCAUGAGUCUCAUUUUUCUUCAGUGUGAA